CACCGACUGCCGUGAGCCAUACAAAUAGCUUCUGUCACUAAACAUGAACAGGUUUAUAGAGAUUUACCCGGGGGAAUAGAUUACAUCAAUCACCUCCUAAAUAAUUUCAAUGUUUUGAAUUUCUAUCAACAAUGGCUUGGUCUGGAGAUCAAAAGCGGUUGGACAACAAAAAACGGAAUCUAGAUUCAAAAGCAAGGUUCAGCACAUGGACGCCUAUGAACCACCAGCCUACUAAUGACAAAGUAUUUGAAGAAAGACUUGACAUCCUUCACAAAUGGUUUGACAAAUGGACGGACUUGCAGAAGAAGAAAGCACUGGAGCACGUGCUUGGACAAAGUAAUCUCAACCAACUUGAAUUUGUUAAAGGACUUGUGUCUUUACAAGUGCCUGUUAGAAAAGAAGACUUUACAAGGGUCUUACCCCGAGUAAUUUGCAUUUAUAUCUUUUCAUAUCUGGAUCCAAGAAGCCUGUGUAGAUGUGCUCAGGUGUGUUGGUAUUGGAAAUUCCUUUGUGAGUCUGAUCAGAUAUGGAUGCCAAAGGCUCUGAAGCUUAACUGGUAUCUUACCUUCCAGCCCAGCCCAUUUGAAACAGGUGUUUGGAAGAGGCUGUACCUGGAGAACGUAAGAAGCCUGCAUUAUCUACCACCAAAGAAUGCCCCAUCGUCACAACCUGUGAAUGGUGAACAGAAGCAAACAAAAAGUAGUGUAAGCAGUGCCAGAAAACCACCAAGGCCUAGGUCAGCAGCAGCCUCCUCAAAGCCACUCGAACAUAAGCCAUGGAGAGGAACAGAUCCGAAAGCAGUGGAUACAGUAAGGAACAACUACCUGGAUAACAAUGAUGAGAUUUUAAAGGCAAGGGAGAGGAGGAUGGAGAAGAGAGGUACCAAAUUAAAGAAAAGUGGCUCAAUCACGGACAUGAGUGAGAGCGCCAAGCAGAGUAGACCGAUGUCUGCUGGUAUGGCCUACAAAUUGAAGAAAGCCAGCUCAACUUCAAAUGUAAGUGAUGUUGAUGGCCGUCCAGAUUGGGCUAGAGGGCUAGAAGACACCUCAAACCAGUACUCCACCAGUCUGGGUAUGAGUGUAAGCAGACCUGGUCCAGUAGUAAAACCAGUACCAUCAUCAAAAGCAGUUACGCGAACUGAGAGGCAUCCACCUGCUAAUAAUCUUUUCCCAACACAAGCAUGGACCACUGUUAACCAAGAUUCGUCUGAUGAUGAGAGGUGACACUAAAAUCUGUCUAAAAGUGGGAACUAACAGGUCAGAGGUCAGCACUACACAUCAUUUUAGUAUGACGAUCUGUACUUUUGCAAAUAAAAGUAUUCAUGGGAGAGUGUUGGACACCUCUUAAGAACAGAAUAACCUAUAUGAUGCUCUCUUUAUUAUGAGGCUAAGGGCAUCAGUUUUUCUUAGUUAUAAGAAAGAAAAUCUAGGUGUCUCACAGGAUUUGGACCAAGGACUAUGGAAUUUUGAGCUUGUUGACCUGCAAAAUACAGCUUCAGUUCUUUAAAAAAUUAGUAACUGUACUUAUAUCCAAUUAGUAUUGGAAUACAAUGGACAGAAUGAAGGUCCUACUGUUGGCUGUUCAGAGAAUUUCUGUCAUGCCAAAUGAAUUAAAUAAAAUAAUAUAAUACAUACGAUUUUAAAAUGAAUAGUGUAUCCUGAUCCAGAGAUUCAGAGGGUGGAUUAUGUUUCUUGUUUUAAUAGAAAAACAGAUUUCUGAAAAUAUUCCAGUCUUUUAAGUACUGGAAUAUUUUAUUUUUUUUAUAUUUUUUUAUUUGUUAUAAUUCUUAGAGACUACUGUAUACAUUUAAAAAUGUAUACAGUAGUCUCUAAGAAUUGUAACACACAAGCAUUAUUUAUUAUGGCUUCAAAAAUAAUGCUGUAAAUAUUUUUGAAAUAUAUUGACAUAGAAAUUGAAUCAUGUACUUUUUUAUUUCUGAAAAUAAAGCCUUGAAUUUAUUUCAAUAAUUUGAAGUUACUUCAUCAAAUUCAGUUGAACUUUGACCUUGAUUAAUAUUUAGUUUAAAUAAUUAUUAUAUUUUCUGUUAUACUACCACUAUCAUAAUGCUUUGCAUCUAUGUUUAUGCUUGAGGUAUCAAAGAGUUAGGAAACUGUAACAAUCUUUAGCAAUGUCCAAACUCUACAGUGUGUGAAGUAGAUCUAGUUUUUCAUUCCAAGUCAUGCAUAUUGUAAUAUGUUAAAGAUGUGUGGGUAUUAGGUUAACUCUAAAGAUAGGUAUCAUAUUUAUUUUAUUUGUUUAUUAAGUAAAUUUAUAUAGUAUUUAUUUUUCAAUAUUUUGAGAUGUUGACUGAAAGAGGCUUUCUAUUACAUAAACACUACAAUGGAAAAAAAGAAAACAAACAACAGUACAACUAUAAAACCAGCAACAAUGUUUUCUAUUGGGUUAAUUUAGAUUUUUUCAAAGUGAAAUACUGUAUACCAAGGAUCAAACCACAAAAAGUCCAAAGGCUUAUUUCCAGUGGGUCCGUCUUGUCAUGAAUUUGGCAGUAAACAGGAGACAAUCCCUUGCUUAUUUCUAAAGAGAGUACUGCACAUGGGCCACAUUGCACACAGGACCUGUCAGCUUCAAGACCUCAUCCGCUCAUCCGAUAGAAGUCGUGCUAUUAAAACGCAUUGCGAAUUUUCCCAACCCUCAUUCUAGAACGGGAGAGCAGUGGAUAAAAUUGAACAACAGACCAAGGCUAAGAUCUCCACACUGUCCACCACCAGUUUAGCCGACUGAGCUAAGCUGCUCACUUAUCAAACUCAUAGGCAAUAUUGAUCAGACUUUAAACCAUUGUCCGACACUGACAUGUCUGAAACAAGCAGUAUAUGAAAUUCUAAUCAAACCUUGUUGAGUUUUAAUGCAGCACUGAAAAUCGUAGUAGGUCAAUAGUUCAUAGUUCUUGCUCAUAUGAACCUGAUUUGUGCUAACUAGAAACCUUUAAAGAUUAGUUUUAUUUGAUUUUACACUAGCUUUCAAGCACACAGUGCUCUUUAAUACAAGUAUACGGUAAUCAAUCUCAUAGGCUCUGGGCAAAUUGUCAAAAUAACUGUUGUAUGUCCAUAUAUAGUCAUGAUGUGCCUAUAUAUGGUAAUAAUGUGAUGUCAUCAUGACCAUAAUAGGCAUGUCACAUGUUUUUGUCAAAUAAAAUUUGAUAGUCUGGACAGGGCUUUAAACAAUGUAGUGGUGAUGGAGAUAUAAUAGAAAUCUACUUUCACCUGAAGAAGUGCUAGAGUCAAAUAAGUACUACAAUUUCCAGUGUUGUGUUUGUUAGUACUGAACUCGCAGCUCAUCUAUUGUUGAGUUUAACAGAUUUAAAAAAAAUCUGAAUAGGAUGUGCCUGGAGUACAUCAUAUUUAUUAUGACUUUAUAAAGUAGUUUUAUUGUUUUUCAUUCGCCUACGUUAUACGCAAAUGUUUUAAUACCUGAACUUUAUGCUAUUUUUGGAUUUUAUAGUACUAGUAUUUCAACAUCCAGGGUAUCAUGGUUUGCAAUCCACUUAAAUUUUACAGUUGUGAAUCGUCUUUUGCCUCAUAUGUUGUUUGAAAAUGUCCAGUAAUACACAAUAGCAUAAAUAACUAUGUAUUUACAUUAGAUGAAUUAUGUGAUGUUGAAAUUUGAUUUUGCCUGUUUAAUAAAUAUUUUCUAUAUAUAUAUAUAUAUAUUCUCUCUGUACUUUUUGAUGAUUGUUUUAAUUAUAAUUAGCAGCUCAUGUCCAACUAUGCUCCAGUACCUAUAAAAAUUCAAUGUUUAUGACUCAUGAUUCAAACUUUAUUUUAUUACAUCACUAACAUUUUAACAUAAAUUUUUUAGUAUGUAUAUAAAGGCUUAUUAGUAUAACAGUAAAAAAUGAGAACAACCUUCAAAAUAACAUUGAUUUACACAAAUAAUUUGUAGUAAAAAAUAUGCGCAUUAUCAGGCAUAACUGAAAAGGGAACCAACAAGUUGCAACACUGAACUUAAAUUUUUUUUUUUCAGAACUAGUUAUAACAGUAUUAUGAUUACAUAUAUGAAACCCAGAUAAUUCAAUUUCAUUAUCUUUAAUUCUAAGUGGUUCAUAUGUUUUAUUAUACAUAGAUAUAGGCUGUUAGGAAAACCAAUCAUCUAUGCAUACCAGUUUCAAGGAUGUUAACUUUCAUGAAUGUAGAUGCAACAAAAUACUGAAUAGUGCCCUCUAUAUUUUUUGUAAGGUAGUCCAUAGGUGUGGUACACAGUUAUUUAUAAAGGAGAUAGUUUCAAUCUGUCAUUUAACUCAGCUCUUUCAGUGAAUAUAACUGGAAAACAUUAAUUGUGCAAAAAAUAAAAACACAAACAAAAAAGCACCAA